GCACCACAGCGCUGCGCCCAUGAACCUCCCGGCGGGGGUCUGAUUGCACCCGGUGCCCCGUACGGCCCCCUCUGUUCUUGACAUCUCUCCUGAAGGGAUGGAGAACUCGUUAGUGGCAUCAGCCUCCUCAGAGGCAGGGAGCAGCCACUCUCAAGAGAUUGAGGAGCUGGAGCGUUUCAUUGACAGCUAUGUCCUGGAGUACCAGGUCCAGGGGCUGCUGAUGGAUAAAAUGGAGGGGGAUGGUGAGAGCAAGAAGACACAGUCCCACAUCUCACAGUGGACAGCGUAUUGUAGUGAGCAGCUUGAUGGCAGCUGUUCCCUAUCCCAAGGGAAGGCCCCUCCCUAAAGUAAUGGCAACAAGGACAGCUCCCUUGACAUGCUGGGCACGGACAUCUGGGCUGCCAACACCUUUGACUCCUUCAGUGGUGCGACAUGGGACUUGCAGCCUGAAAAACUAGAUUUCACCCAAUUUCACAAGAAGCUGCAAAACAACUCCAAACACCUGUUGCCUCAAAAAGACAGAGGAGGGCUUGGAAAAGGGAAAUUCGAGGAUGGUGAUAGCAUCAACUUGAACGACAUAGAGAAAGUCCUUCCAGUGUGGCAGGGUUACCAUUCGUUGCCUCAUGAAGCUGAAAUUGCGCACACCAAAAAACUGUUCAGAAGGAGGAGAAACGAACGGAGGCGACAGCAGAGACUUCCUGGUGGGAACAAGUCUCAGCAGCAUGCAGAUCAUCAGCAAGGUGGCACCAAACACAACAGGGACCACCAGAAGCUCUACCAAGGAGGCCAGGCCCUUCACUCCUCAGGUAGGACAGGCCACCAUGGCUGCAGUCAGAACCGGAGAUGGCAUCACAACCAGAAGCACUUGCCCAAUGACAAAGAAACACACAGAAAUGCCAAAGAGACAGAGAACUUGAAAAUCAAGGACACCGCCAUCUGUGCAGUUCACAUUCCCUUGGAGAUGCACCGAGGCCUGGAGGAUAUGGAGAAGCAGUCUCAGCAGUACAUCCAAGAGUCAGAGACCAAGCAGAAAGACAGUAUUCAUGAACGCAUUAGGGAAAGACCCAAGAUCAAUUUGCUUCAGUCUUCCAAAGACAGGCUGCGAAGGAGACUAAAAGAAAAGGACGAAGUCACAGUGGAAAUCACCAAUCCUGAAAAGAAUAAAAUGGACAAAUUAAUUGAAAUUCUCAAUAGCAUGAGGAACAACAGCAGUGACGUUGACUCCAAGCUCACCACAUUCAUAGACGAGGCCCAGAACUCUACCAGCUCUGAGGAAAUGCUGGGGGAGAUAGUCAAGACCAUCUACCAGAAAGCAGUGAUGGACCGCAGCUUUGCUUCCACUGCAGCUAAGCUCUGUGACAAAAUGGCCCUCUUCAUGGUGGAAGGAACCAAAUUCCGGAGUCUGCUUCUCAACAUGUUGCAGAAGGACUUCACCAUGCGGGAGGAGUUGCAGCAGCGGGAUGUGGAACGCUGGCUGGGGUUCAUCACCUUUCUCUGCGAAGUCUUCAGUACCAUGAGAAGCAGCACUGGAGAGCCCUUUCGAGUUCUUGUCUGCCCCAUUUAUACCUGCCUCAGGGAGUUGUUACAAUCUCAGGAUGUGAAGGAAGAUGCUGUGCUUUGCUGCUCCAUGGAGCUGCAGAGCAGCGGCCGGCUACUGGAGGAGCAGCUGCCCGAGAUGAUGACAGAGCUGCUGGCGAUAGCACGUGACAAGAUGCUGUGUCCCUCUGAGUCCAUGCUGACACGGUCCCUGCUGCUGGAAGUCAUUGAGCUGCAUGCCAACAACUGGAACCCCCUGAUGCCCACCAUCACUCAGUACUACAACAAGACCAUCCAAAAACUGACAGCCUGA